UUAACGUCACUGCGUCGUAUCGGGGGUGACGUCAUGACGCCGUUGCCCCGCUGGUGGUGGUGGUGAAGCGGAGCCGCUGUCGGGCAGAGGGUUACAGGGAGGAGACGGCCCGGCCCCACAAGCGAUGAGCCCGUGCCUGGACCGUCAGUGUACCUUCGCCAUCCUGGUGACCUCGCAGCUCCUGUUCCUGGUCUACUACUCCUUCGGGGGGCUCCAGAGCAUCGCCAGCUUCUUCAGCUGGAGCGGCCAGCCCAUCUGGGACUACACCAUCACCCACGACGUCUACACCAACCUCAGCCUGAUCCAGCAGCCGCUCUCAGGGAGUCACUCACUGCCCGACUGCCCCAAAACAUCCCCCUACCUGGUCGGCCCCCUGUCGAUCCAGUUUGAGCAGGUGCCCCCUCUGGCUGGGAUCGCGGCCCGGAACCCGCUGGUGCAGGCGGGGGGGUUUUACUCGCCCCCUAACUGUGUGCCCCGGUACCGCACGGCCGUCAUCGUGCCCCACCGCAACAGGGAGACCCACCUGCGCCACUUCCUUUACUACCUGCACCCGUUCCUACAGAGGCAGCUGCUGCAGUACGGCAUCUACAUCAUCCACCAGGCCGGGAACCAGACCUUCAACCGAGCCAAGCUCCUCAACGUCGGGGUCAAAGAGGCGCUGCGGGACGAGGAGUGGGACUGUCUCUUCCUGCACGACGUCGACCUGAUCCCAGAGAACGAUCACAACCUCUACGUCUGUGACCCUGACAACCCCAAGCACGUCUCCAUCGCUAUGAACAAGUUCGGGUACAGGCUUCCUUACAAGACCUACUUUGGUGGGGUAUCAGCAGUAACACCAGAACAGUAUCUCCAGAUGAAUGGCUUCCCCAAUGAAUACUGGGGCUGGGGUGGAGAGGAUGAUGACAUCGCCACCAGGCUGCAUUUGGCUGGGAUGAAGAUCUCCCGGCCAGCCCUGUCGCUGGGCCGCUACAAGAUGAUCAAACACAGACUGGACCAGGGCAACGAGGAGAAUCCCAAAAGGUUUGACCUCCUGUUCCGGACCCGGAGAUCCUGGAAGCAGGACGGGAUGAAUUCCCUGACCUACGUGGUGCUGAGCCGGCAGCGGCUGCGGUUGUUCACCAACGUCACGGCUGACAUUGGCCUGGCCCCCAGCCGCCAAGGUGGCACUCAGCGGGUACCUCCUGCCAACAGCGCCAAGGGGCUCCAGGCUGGAGGGAGGAUGUGAGCAGCAGCUCGGGAGAGGCACCAGCCAGCCCACCCAGCUCUCCCCAGGCCACCCACCGCCUUUCACACAACACCUUCAGGCCAUUUGGGAAGUGGGGGACGGUGUUGGGAUCGGAAUGUGCUGCUCUGAACUCGUGGCCUUGUGUGUGUGUGUGUGUGUAGUGUGUGUGUGUAGUGUGUGUGUGUGUGUGUGUGUGGUGGG